CAAUCACUGCGGAAACGAGAUUUAGAACGGAUCGGAAUUAUGUAUGUUUAGAGGCUGUAAACGGAAUGUAAACGGACAAUGCCAAACAAGCAUAUUCCUACCCGUCUAGAUCGAAAAAGGUACUCGUUUGAGAACUAAAACCGACUCUGAAUAUUAGGGAUUUGCAGGGAUAGGGUUUGUUGCCUUAGUAUCUAAACCAACUCGGUAUCAGACCAGGUUAUAAGGAUCCGCACGUCUACUUUAUGUCUGGAUUUAUGCAUAAACGGAUCCGCUUCUAUUCUGAAUAGACAUGUGCCGUAUCAAAGAACUCGUCCUGCUAGGUCCCCACAUAUGCUCCCCGGUCCUUGAUAUCCCCCACCACCUUGCACGCCAGAAUCCAGCACUGGUAGGGGCAGGAGAAGCAUAUCCUCAAUAUAAUAUACCCCAGGUCGCCGGGAAAGUGUCGUAUCAGCCGCCUCAACACGAUCCAUACUUCAGUGGUAAUGUACCUCGAUUUGAGAUGUCAGGCAAUGGACAGCACGGUGACCACAACACCAGCGGCGCAUUCGCUGGGGGACCUAUGUACCAAGAUCAUUUAAACAACAGGCUUCGUUCCACCAGUCCGCAGCACUCACCCGAUAUGCGUCAGCCAUCCCCGUAUCCUUUUUUCGGUGCACACCAGACACCCGUCCAGUCCAUGCGAGCUGGUAGCGUGCCACAGAAUUUCAGCUCAAAUAGUACAUCCUCUCGAGGAGAAACACCAUACCGUUAUUUCGCAGGAGACUCGGGUAGUGAGGCAUCUUCGCGGGCACCAUCUGUUGUUCCUGGAAGCGAGGAGUAUCAAGCUAUGAUGCUAUAUUCAAUGGGUCGACAGCCUGCCACUCACCUUCCGCACGUGAACCAGAACGUGAAUAGGCGAAAUGGGGCACUUGAGCAGUCGCCAAAUUUGAAUGAGACCGUUGCAUAUCUUGUCACAGAGGUCAAACGACUGACCGAACACGCACAGCACACCGAUAAGGAGCUCGUUCUACAAAAGAAUGAUUAA